AUGUCUCCCAACGUCUUCUGCCCAUUCUGCGGGGUCAUACUAGCCCAGGAUCCCCAUAGUAGUAUAUCGGGGCCCGAGUCUAUCCCCCGACAUCGUCGCCCAUGGUACGCUGAAAUCCGGGGAAUCGUGUCGCCAAACUCUUCAGCUGAGAACAUCACCCUAACCGGAAUUGGGACCCUCCACAGUGGUGGCGUCCUCAUUGCCCCAGCCGACAGCGAGCGGUCAUAUGUGGACACAGAGGUGCUGUAUCCCGUCAGCAUCUUUGGCAGGUCUCCAGUCAGCUGGGGAUUCCACAACGCCUGCUGGCAGCUACUCUAUUUGAGACUUUGUCCUCUGUCUGAGAAGGAGAUUGCCCGGUCGGUCUUUGAUGUCCUCUACAACACCCCAUGUCGCGAAGGAUCCGUUUUCGACUUUGGCCAUGAUUACAGCGGCGCCGUGAGAACUCAUAAAACGCAUGGUCAAGUCGAGAUUGGCCAUGAACCGGUUCUGUAUAUGGACCCUUGCGCAAUUCCAUCACUGGACGAGUUGGAAAAUUCCGGAUCGAUGGAAGCUGUCUCCCAUUUUAAACUCGGCAUUUAUGAGCCUCGAGUUUUCGGCUCACUUUCUACAGAGCUCAAACACGAGAUAUUGGCGUACCUAUCCUAUAGAGAUCCUUGCAAUCUCCCGCAGUCUUACUGGCGGAGUCGGUUCCUUCUCGGCCAGGAGGCCGAUUUCAUGUUCUUGUCACUCUUAGAAAAGCGGCAUUGGCCGCGUUUGUAUCUCGGGACGAGGGCACUCUUGAACUCGAAAAGUCCGCCAAUCGUCAACCGCAAGAGGAUACGCGAACUCAUCGAGCAUAUUGCCGCGCUCGUUGAAUUAUAUGUAGCCCAGCCGCCGCUGCACGGCUUGCCCGUCUGGCCCGAACCUGGCAGCGACGACUGCUUUGUGCCUACCGGCAAAGAGAAUUCGCUGCUUAGAGUUUAUAGCUUCUUUUCUGGUCACAGCACUGCUAGACAAGCCCACGAGACGCUUCAGGUUGGAUGUCGGAUAUUACACUACCGAAGCGAGCCUAUUCCAAUAGCCGACAGGUCUCGCCAACAGAUCAUAGUCUCAACCAUCCAAGUUGGCGAAAGAUGCUUUAUAUCCGGCGUACGGUUUGCGAAUAAGGACAUGGCCAGUCUGAUCGGUUAUCGUCACUCCACAAACGAGACAACGAUCUAUUCCCCAGAUCAGACGAAUAUCAGGACCAUCCUUGUUGCAUUCAGCAGUCAGGGAUUAGCUGGCAUAAGUUUUACUUUCUCGAACUCAGAGUCGUCCCCGUGGAUCGGACAAAGCCACGGGCCGGAAAUCGCACUCGGAAAUCUAAGCAUAGCCGAGACUCACCCCUGCUACCUGGUAGCUGGUUUAGAUUCAUUCAAGAUAGUCGCGCUUGGAGUGGCUGUAGUCAAUUCGGAACCCUCACCGCCAGUCCCACGCGUACACUCUCAUCUUUGGCUGCCGGCUGUACCGCACCGCGAGGGUGUCGAUUUCAGCACGCUUCUGCCGCCGCAGAGCACGCUGCCCUUUGCACCCCUAAUUAGUAUCGACUUUGGCGCUCCGCAGGGUCAAGGUUUGGCGGAGCUGACAAGACUCAUCUUUUGCAUGGGCUCUGGUCCGAAUCCGAUGCGCGGAGUCAAGGCUGUCUAUGCUAAUGGGAUGUCUCGUCUCUUUGGGUCUGAAAACGGGGCCGAACUUUCCUUCUGCAUAGACGGUCCGCACGGUGAGCGUUUAACCAAGAUUGCCAUCCUUCACCGGGUGGACGAAAACUCUCAUAAUGAUGAGCUUCAGUGUGGCAAAAGCUCAAGCCUCUGUGGACUCCAGAUGUCAACCAACCGAGGUCGCACCGCUACCUUGUCCACGAUGGAGAGCCGCCUGGAUGCGAAGGUGGCCAUUCAAGAGCUGAAGAAAACAAAGCCAGGACACGAUAUCACGGGUUUCAUCGCCAUCCAAGUGCCGCCGCGAGAGGCCUUCUUAGGGCUUGGCAUCCAAUGUCAACCAUCCCUCGGGCCUUUGCAAGCCUCGGCCAUAAUGCUCAAAGAGCUCUAUAAUCCCGACGCCCAAUUGCAGCAAGAUAACAAGUUUUCCAUUUACAUCGGCACCCCAAGCGACAGCAAUUAUCAGACUCACGCUACCUUGCUGGGAGUGCGCAAGAUUUCUGCAUCCAGAGGAACGCACUGGGGUUCUCGACCAUGUACUUGUAUCUCUGGCUUGAAGUUCGACUACUACAAUGGCACAUCAGCUGUAGUGGGGCAAUGGUUGGAUGAGUUCGAGUCGUUGCAGCUUCAGCCAUUCGAGCAUGUCCACUCUCUGGAUAUAUGGGUAACGCCCGCACGACUGACCACGAGCUAUCGCUUCCUACAGCAAGGCUGGAUUGCCGCUGUGCGCUUUGGAACCACUUUGGCUCAGGGCGUGACGUUCAAACCGCCAGGAUCUGAUCCUCUAUCAGUGCAGCAUCUUCAUAAUGGUUUUGGUGGUGGACCCAGGCAAGAACUUACCGCAAUCUCAUGGAUUCUUAACGCGUCCCACGACAGAAUCCGGGCUGUUAAUUCGGACGAAAGCCUUAAGCAUACUUCCCUGCUGCUGCCCGAACAGUAUCCACCCUUUGACGACGUGCAAAAGCUUUAUUUUGAAAACGCCAUAACUGGCCGCUCGCCCGAUUGGCUUGUCACGGCUGAGGCUUGUUAUAAAGGGGAUGCAAUUCUUGGUCUUAUAUUUACUUACUCAUCUGGUGCCAGGGCAACGAUAGGUGACGUUGUAGUCGUUCCCGAUACUAGUCAGACAAUGCAUUUUUCUCCAGCCUCCGAGUUCGUUGGCAUGUCGGUGAGGGUCAGGAGACGUAAUAUCCUUGCUUUACAGUUCGAGCUCAAGACUAAGCGCAAACCGGAAUCCGAUGAGCAGCCUACAUCUGACGCUCCUACUGAGUUCAAGACAGUUUGUUUCCAACGAGAUGAUCAGCCGGGUACGGACGAGCACUGCGACGACCAUGAAAUAAGAGACCGGAGGAGUACAUGGUGUAAGAAUACAUUGUCGGCUGAGACUUUCACUAGGAAGCGUGUAAGCGACGACGUGUAUGCGCCGCCAGCUGGAACAAGACUUGUGGGGCUAUAUGUGCGCUGUCAGCACUUUGAGUGUCUUGGGGCGUUGUAUGAGCCUCUAAAUGAGUAA